AUGACCAGGUUUUAUGUUGUGCUAUGGAUCUAUGUGGCCUGUCUCGGUCUAGUCUCGGGUCACGGAGACAUCCCCAAUGCCAGAAGACACAGUGGCGUGCGAGCGAGGCUCUGGGGUCGAGCCAUGCGUGUAUGGACGCCUCGACAGGGCCCUGCUCGACGCUCAGUCUCGGAGCACGGCUCCAUGCCCGAGCCCUUUCUCGAAAACGGCUCUCCCGGCUGGACCUUUGACAACAUCUACAAUGUAGCCCACUGGGAUGGUGGCGACAAAGCUACUUGUCCCGCUCCCGCCAAGUCUCUUCCUGCAACCGGAUCCAAGACCAUCCAAAAAGGCUUCAAGCAAGAAUUCGUCCAUUUCUGUCAACAUGGCAACACUCCCACUCGGAUUCCCGAUCAGAGCGUCUGCAUCACCAAGCCUCACAAAGUGUCUUCACGCGGCAGCAAGGUCAAGCGCGAGGAAGACGAAUCCGACUACGAAGCUCGCAUCAUUGCUGCCAGUCUCGCCACUGCAGCUGAGGAUGAUGCGACAAACGAUGAUGCGGCACUGUCGAAGCGCACACCGCUCGCUGCUGCGCCUAUGAUGGGCAUGAUGGGUGGCGGCGGAAUGCCGGGCAUGUCCACCUUUAUGCCGCUCAUCAACACUGGUAUUGACGCUGGAAGCAAGCUCGGCGUCGCCUUCCUACAGUAUCUCACGCAGAGAGAGAAGGACCAAGCCGAAGCCAAGAAAGCGGAUCCUCUCGCCGGGGCCCGGAAUUCCACACAAGCGGCGGGUGAUCCAUUGGCCGCUAGCACGGCUUCCCUCACUGAUAAAGCAUCAGCUUUGACCCCUGCCACAAGCAGCGCUGACGGGUCAUCUGGAUCGAGCUCUGGUGCCAGCGGUAUUGAUGGUGCAGCAACUACCGGUGCAUCGGGCAGUGCUGAUUCGUCGGGAAUCACAGACACGGCUGCAUCCGACACGACGUCUCCUAAACCGGAUGCAGAUUCGCCAAGCACUGUUGGAGGGGCGACAACGGAAAAGGGCAGCAGCGGUGACACUGGAUCCGAAGAUACCGGCCCAAGCGAGGCCGGUGACUCCGGUAGCCGUCUGGCAAAAUCUUCCUUGGCUGACGAUGUCGUCGGCUCGUCAGCUACUAAGUCAAUGUCUAGCGGUCUGAAGUCCGUCGGCUCAGCAAAGGAUAGCUCGGCGCCAGAUGAUGCGGACGACCUUUCUGGCACGUCGGUCAAAGCGAGUCUUCCCCGGGCUCGAUCGUCAGCCGGUAGCGCGAAAGUUGGCGGCUCGACACUUGACAGCUCAGCCAUUGGCGGCUCGACUGAUGUCGGUUCAGCAAUGGGCGGUUCAGCCGGUGGUAGCUCGAAGGCUGGUACUUCCGGUCACGCAGCAUCCUCCUUGGGGUUCAAGGGCAAGAGCAAGCGCGACGCUACCCCGCACCCGGUCACGCAUUCGGACCCUGCCACGACCGGAUCGUCCUCAAAGUGCGGCGGCUCUGCGGUGCAGUGUAAGAAGCUCAUUGAGCGCUCCAUUCCCUACUGUGUCCCGCACAAGCCCGCUCCAGAUGCGCCGCCGCACACACACGAUGACGACGACCCGGACGCGGUCUUGUCGUCAAAGAUGGUGGGUACCAUGAUCCGCGUCAUGGCACGCCACUGUCUGCGCAAGUGCCCGGGCUUUGUCGGUCUCGCCAAGUCCGACCAUGACUUCAAGAGCAAGACCGAAAAAUGUGCUCACGACACCAAGCUCUUCAACAAGUCCCUCGCGCAUUCGUCCAAGCCUGCGCACAAGCAUUCUCCCACGACCGAAAAUGCCCUCGAGUCCAAGCAACCCAAGCCUGAGCAUGCUUCGGAGCCCGAAAAAGCCUCCAAGCAGCCUCCUGCACCAGACGCAGCCAAAGACGAGGCAGGCCCCAUGUUCAAACGAGAUGUGACACCUGCUAGGCUGCCAGAGCAGUGUCGUGGUGGCUACGAGGCUGUGUUCCGAAACGCGCUGCAGCCCGUCUCUGCCUACCAAGGUCAGCUGUUUGGCUCGGUCGUUUCGGAUCCAGGGUCGUUCCUGCACUGGGGUCUCGUCCGCAACGUCGCACAGUGCAAGCGUGCAUGCGACGAGACCCAAGGCUGCGUCUUUGUCAACGUGUACCAGCAGACGUUCGGCCUCGACCAUCCCAACAUCCGGCUCGUCAGUCGCGAUGUCAACGACGAGGUGAAGCUGCGCAAACAGUUUGCAGGCAAGCCCGAGGCUAAGAAGAACUCGUUCGUAGAAGGACAUUUGACAUGUGCGCUGUACUCGCGCUGCUUCCGUGGCUGCCAAGCAACCCACCGCAGCGGAGAGAAUCCGGUCUUCUUUGAAAAGUCGAUGGGAUACUGCAAGUCAGACAAGUGCAAUCCCGCACACAGUCCUUUCACUAGAUCAAUGUAA